AUGUUACCGCCAUGUCCUAGAUGUGGAAAAGAUAAUUUCAAAAAAACUCGAGAUCGAGAUGCACACUUAAAUCGUAAAUUUCCAUGUAAACCUAGUAAUAUCCAAAAUCCUAUUGUAGCUCCAGACACAAAGUAUCCUGCUUCACAGACACCAUUACUACAAAAUCCUACUACAAAUCAAAUUUCAACUCAAACCUAUAUUUCAGUAGGUGAUUUAAUCCAAUUAGACGAUACACUCUCAUCACCUAUUCAAAAUAUAUCUUCAGACAAUGUUUCUUCAAAUCUACCCCAAAAUGAUAUAGAAUGGUUUGAUAAUAUGGAAAAAAGAUAUAAUGCAAGCACUGAUGAAAAAUGGCCUGAAUUAGCUGGAACCUUGCUCUAUGACUAUCCAAAAAGAAAUAUCAUAACUGUAGAAGGCAAUUUUGGUGGUAAACCAGUAAGAAAAAAUUAUAAAUUAACAAACAAAGAGUUAAUAUUCGAAGAAUGCGAAUCUAAUUUUGAUCCUUUAAGACCUCAUCAGAACUUAACAACGAUGAGUUUAUGGCAAGCAGUUAUUCCAUCUUCUAAAAACAUAAAAUAUAGAUUCAAUCAUUAUGUUGAAAACCCUAAUAAAUAUUUAGAAGCACUCUAUAUGCCUCAACUUAUAGCAAAUGCAAGAGAACAAAUUACAAAAGUCCUUAAAGCCGAAUUGUGUAAAAAAGAUCAAAUAAAAACCGCAUUAAUUGCUCAAUGUAUAUAUUCUGGGCAUGUUAGCAAAGAGAAGGGCAAACUUAAAAGUCCAUUAACUAUAAUUGCUUAUCACAGAAGCCUCAUGCGUGUUAUUCUUACAGAAGAAGAUAUUAAUAAACAUAUAAAUUUAUCUAUAUCAGAAAUAGAUAAUGCUAUAGACUCAUUUAUGCAAGAAGGAUCAGGAAUGAAUUUGAAGCUUGCUAAUACUAAAUGUACUAUUAAUCCUGAUAAUUCAGAAAUAAUUGAUCCAAUUACUGGUAUGCCAUCUGAUAAUUGUCUUCAAGGAGCAUUAGCUUGUUAUUUUGCUAAUAAAGAUGGACAUACAGAACACCUUGAACAAAUAUAUACAAAAAAGGAUUAUAAGCAAUACUUAGAUAUAAUUGAAGAAAUGAAUCCUGAUAUCUCUAUUAAUGUCUGGGAAUGGAAAGAAGAAGUAGCAAUACCCAAAUCUGUAAUUUAUAGCAAGAACUAUAAUAGACCACAUAUUAUUCAUCUAAUGGCUCUUACAGAUAUUACUAAAUCUGAAAAUGAUAAGUACAAGCAAAAAAAUCACUUCUUAUGGAUUAAGAAUUAUAAUGGAUUAGUAUUCAAGGAUACAAAACAUUAUGGUGAAGAUUGUCAAAGAGUUGAUCUAUCUAUCAAGGAUGUUAAUGACUUUGAGAAGUUUAAGAACUAUGGACAAAUAAUCAAUGCUCCAUGUGUUAUUAUAGCUGACUUUGAGGCUGAUAAUAAGAAAUGCAAUGAGAAAUAUGGAGGGCAAAUAGGAGAAAAUGCUACUCAGGAGUUUGUCAAAAGAAUUGAUAAAGAGUUGAUUGAAAUUAAUAGAGUUUUAGCUAUAAAACAUGAUCGAAUUGAGACUGACAAAGACAAAAAGAAAUUCAAUGAAGCAGAUAGUUGUUGGAUAUGCAAAGAAAAAUUCAUUAUAGAUGAAGAUAAAGUCAAAUACUUAGAAAAUAAGGCAUCAUGGCUUAAUAAUAAGCUAAAAAAUACCUCAAUAAAUUCAGAAGAUUAUAAGACCUUAAUAAAACAAAUUGAUAAGAUAACUAAAGAUAUUAAUCAAGAAAAGUCUAUAGAUAUAAAGAAAACUCCUAUUCCAGUUGUCUUUCAUAAUUUUCGGGGCUAUGUCUCUCACUUGGUUUGCGAAUCUGUUGGAAAAUCAGUUAAUGCAAAUCAAAUCAAGUUUAUGAAUAGUAGCUUAGCUAGUCUUACAAAAAAUUUGAGUAAUAAUCAUCCAAUAACAUCUAAGCAUUUCAAAAAACUAGGCUAUACAAAAGAUCAAUUAGAUUUAGUAUAUCGAAAAGGAGUUUAUCCCUAUGAUUAUAUAGAUUCACAGGAUAGGUUUUUAGAGACUGAGCUUCCACCAAUUUAUAAAUUUAGUACAUAUCUUUAUGGUAAAAUUAGCCAAAAAGAUUAUGAGCAUGCCCAAAAAGUAUGGAAGGAAUUUAACUGCAAGACUUUAGGUGAAUACCAUGAUAUAUAUCUUAAAACCGAUAUGCUUAGUCUUGCUGAUGUCUGGACACAGUUGCGAAAAAUGUCUAUGGAAUAUAAUGGACUCGAUCCAAGCCAUUAUGUUUCACUUCCAGCAUAUUCUUGGGAUGCUAUGCUUAAGAUGACAGAAGUUAAAAUCGAGCUCUUUACAGAUAUGGCUAUGCAUGAUUUUAUAGAAAAGGCUAAGCGUGGAGAUAUAGCUAUGGCAUGUAAACGAUAUUUCAAAGCUAACAAUCCUAAGAUAGGUAAAACAUUUAACCCAUUUAAACCAACAACAUGGAUUCUAUAUAUAGAUGCAACAAAUCUUUAUGGCUGGGCUAUGAGUCAGUAUUUGCCUAUUGGAAAUUAUAAAUGGGAGGUAAGUCAUAAAUAUCUUGAGGAUAAUCCAAAUGAGCAAAAGAAAUAUCUUGAAAAAAUUCUUAAUACUAAAGCAGAUGCAAAAAGAGGAUAUUUUCUAAAUAUUAAGGCGCACUUUCCUCUAAAAACUCAUGACUAUUUGAGUGAUUUACCUCCAGCUGUAGAAAACAUGGUUGUAAAUAAAAAUAUGUUGUGCCCCCAUACUACAGAGCUUGUAGAUAACUUAGAUAGUAGACGUUUCUCAGCUACAGAAAAAUUAGUACCCCAUCUUGGUUCACGAGAAGAUUAUAUUAUUCACUAUCAAGAGCUUCAAUACUAUAUAAAAUUAGGUAUGAUAGUAGAUGAAGUUACAGAGAUCUUAUCAUUCGAUCAGGAUAAUUGGCUUGCUUCCUAUAUAGCUUUUAAUACAGAAAAACGUAAUGAGGCCAAAAAAGCUAGAAAUACAUUUCUAAGUGACUUUUUCAAACUCAAAAAUAAUGCUGUAUAUGGUAAAACUAUGGAGAAUGUUCGUAAGUAUCAAGAUGUCAAGCUCAUGGCUAUAAAUAAUAAGCAAGAUGAAAAAAAAUUUAUUAACCAGAUUCGUAAACCCUUAUUUAAGUAUGCUAGACAACUUGGUCCUUCACUUAUAGGAGCACAUAUGGGAAAAGCUAGUAUAACUCUUAAUAAACCUAUUAUUGUUGGAGCAUCAGUCUUGGGUCUUAGCAAACUUCACAUGUACUGCUUUUGGUAUGGAUAUAUAAAAGAAAGAUAUGGUGAUAAUGCUCAGCUUGGAUAUAAGGAUACAGACUCAUAUUUAUUUCAAGUUGAGACUGAGGAUAUCUAUAAAGAUAUGAAAGAGCGACCUGAUCUCUUUAACCUUAAUGGAUGA